AUGCCGCAGGGAGCCAGGAGCCCAGGCCAAAGGCUAAUAUUUGGCACCCUCUACCCUGCAUACUCCUCUUACAAGGCAGUGAAAACGAAGAAUGUUAAGGAAUAUGUGAAGUGGAUGAUGUACUGGAUUGUAUUUGCAUUUUUUACUACAGCGGAGACCCUCACAGACAUAAUCCUGUCAUGGUUUCCAUUUUACUUUGAGUUGAAGAUAGCUUUUGUUAUCUGGCUGCUGUCCCCAUACACAAAAGGCUCCAGUGUCCUGUACAGAAAGUUUGUCCACCCGACCUUGUCCAGCAAAGAGAAGGAAAUUGAUGAGUACAUAAGCCAAGCCAAAGAUCGCAGCUAUGAGACCAUGAUGCGGUUUGGGAAACGUGGACUCAAUCUCGCUGCCAAUGCUGCAGUCACUGCUGCAGCUAAGGGUCAAGGAGUGCUCUCAGACAAGUUGCGGAGUUUCAGCAUGCAGGAUCUGACAUUGCUCAGAGAUGAAGACACAAUCCACUUGCGCAGUACUGACCCCCGUAUGAGAACUUCCUUUGGCAACAUUCCAGAAAUGAUAAAUGAUCCUGGGAGUCAGAAGGAGAGGCAGGGGCCUGCUACCCAGAGCAGGGCUGCCCCUCGAUUCUCUAAUGCCUACCUCAAGGUCAUUCUGGAGGCUGUGAGGGAGAGGCCAUCAGCAGAUAAAGCAAAAAGGGUGCACAAUACCUGGGAGGGGUUUUACACCAUCAGAGGAGUGCCCCAUCUCCACAUCAAGAAGAGAGCCAUGGAAAUCGCCAGGGUGGUCCUGCAGGAGAAAGUUGAGGAAGGAGAGAUGGAGAGGGUGAAAAGGUGCACUCACAAUGACACACGCUGGCUUCCUUCAGGAGAAGAGGUAGGGAGCACGCAGGCUCAGAAAUCAGAUGGGGAGCAGCCAGAAAUGAAGCCUGAACAGUUGGAUGAAGAUGUGGAGAAAGUGCCAAAACGCACCCAGAGCCUUAAAGCCCCUAAACAAAAGCUGCAGCGUUCAGAGGUAUCUUGUCAUGACUGCUAG